AUGAAGAAACACUUGAAGAAACUGCAAAAGAAGUUGUCCUUCUCCAGUCGCAACCAAAAAGAACGCACCCCGUCCCCAAAGUCGGUGACCGUCCUAGAAGAUGUGGAAGAACCUUCCGAAAUCAUCAUUGUCGGAGCUGGAAUUGUGGGUCUGGUCAUGGCACUCGCCCUGCACAAACAUCUUGGUGUCAAGAUCGACCUGUACGAACAAGCACAAGCCUUUCACGAUGAUGUGGGAGCCGGGAUGGGUAUGUAUCCCAAUGGCCUGAGGGUCAUUCGUGAUAUUGACCCAGAGCUACUAAAAGCGGUGAAGGCUGCCGGACAUCCAUAUGUGUAUAGAAGAUGGGAGAGACACGAUGGAACAGAAGUGGCAGUGGCCGAAGAACGGGUAUUGGCGGGGGAUGACGAUGAUCUCGCGUCCAUUGGAAUACGGCGAUGGAGACUACAGAAAGUUCUCUUUGAAGCAGUUGAAAAGGCUGGGAUCAAAGUCCAUUUCCGCAAACGUUUGGAGUCCAUGAAACAGAUUGAUGACCACGUCAACUUGAAAUUUGAAGAUGGGACCGAUACUAGUUGCAAGCUGUUGUUGGCGUCAGAUGGUUCCAACUCGAGGGUGCGAAAAAUAUUGACCAACGACACUUGCAAUUUGAAAUAUACUGGAACCCAAUGUCUCAUGGGGACAUCAACACUGGCACGAGAAGAACGAGGCCUCUGUCUUCCAUCUUCUCCAACCAGCAAGUGCCACGGAGCUUUCUAUCCAGUCAGCGAAACAGAACAAUGCUUUCAAUUUCACUUCCCAGUUCCAGAAGAAGAAGCCAAGUCCAGCCAAGGGAGCUGGGGAGCCUUGACGGAACAUGUUGGACACGCAGAAUGUAAGCUGUUGGCCGAACGACUGGUCAAAGAUGGUUGGGACAAGAAAUACCUCGAACCACUCUACCAUAUGGACAGAGCCAUUAAGAUUGGGUUCUCCACUCUGGAUCCUCCACUCGAGACCUUUGUGCAGGGACAAGUGGCAUUAGUGGGUGAUGCUGCACACCCCCCAGUGCCCUAUCUAGGACAAGGUGCUCAACAGGGACUAGAAGAUGCAGGCACAUUGGCCUUGCUACUGAAACACCUUUGUGUUUCCAAGAAUGCUGAUGGAAGUCAUUCGUUAAUCAUGUCACAGUUGCACUCUGCUCUCAAGCUCUACGACGAAAUUCGAGUUCCAAGGACACAAGAUAUUCUAGACAAGGGCACACGAUGGGGCAAGCAUCAGCAAAAGCGAGCGGAAUGUGAAAAGUUCAAUAAGACCAAGGAAAAUAUGAUUCAGCGAGAUGUCUUUUUCCAUGAGACCAUGCCUGUAUUGAAAGCGGGUGUUGAACAUGACUACAAGGAAGCAGUCAUGAAGUCAUUACCAGCGCUGUCACCAGUCACAGAAGAAGCAUGA